CCGUACAAAUCUCACCAUGGCGUCGAAAUAUGCGUUUGGCCAAGGCCUGAAGGAGCUGCGGUUUUUGUUCUGCCAGACCAGCGAGCACAGCGCCGCGACAAGGAACUUCCUCACCCGAAGCUACCCCACCAUGAAGAAGCACAACCCCCACACACCCAUUAUGAUCCGAGAAGCGAGCGGCACCGAGCCCACCGUAUACGCAAGAUUCGACUUUGGAAAGGAGAAGAAGCUGCCACUGAAGGGACUGGACGACAAGGCCAUCGAGCAACAAGUUAGCGAACUCGUACAAUCGAAGAUCUGAGAUGGAAGUGCAAGGAUGAUAGAUACCACGGAAGCAGCCCAUUGUAGAUUUAUAUUAUGAGGAAAUUCGCGGCAGUGAACGUUGAAACACACCCAGCUGAAGUAUGCGGUGUAAUUGUGCCAAUGGAUUUUACACCCGGCAUGACCUCAGAUCAUCCUAAUCCGUGUUGCACAUGUGCGCUUCACUCUAGACUUCA